UUCGAACAGCAUACAAAUGUCUGUAUUUCUGAUACGACGUGCGGAUAUUGUGUACAAUGUCGCGUUUAAUGCAUGGAUAACCGGAAGUCAUUCGCAGAUUAGACGCACGUGUGACUUUGUACGUAUGAUGGUAUAAUUUGCGGCAUAUAACGUUCGUCGAAUGACGAUCGACGUGAAUUACAAGCAGCGUGAUGAGUGUGACGACGACGGAUUGAAAAGGAGCUGAAAGAACGCUGUACGUUGUUACGGCUACGUAUUUUACGGUAUUUUCAACGUUUGUUGUUUCUCCGCGCAGUUUACACCGCUAACGUAAUACACAAAAAUAUCGUUUUAGGUAUCAAAAAUACAAUACCAUUGGCUCUCGUUCGUCAUUUUGGAUAGAUCAGGUAGUUCAAACACAUAUCGACGUGGUGUAGAAAAAUGUCCGGCAGGAUCUGCGACAAGGAAGUAAUCGGGCUGCAUUCGUCAUCUUGGGAAUCGAUCGGCAUGCUGAAACAGCAGGAAAAUAAUUACCACAUCCAUAAACAAAAUUGAUGUAUCAGCUGGGGUUCAAUCCAGCAACCACAGAGGUCCCGAGAAUGUCUCUAACUGCAGGAGCCAACCGGUGGGCAUCGAAGGUCGUAAUAAUCCUUCAACUAGCCGCUUGGAGUGCCGUUGGAAUCGUUCUUCUACAGAAAGGCGUUUCUUCCAUGCACAAAGCAGCCGACGUCAGAAACGCGACUCAGCUAAACAACACAGUAACCGUGAGUAACCUGAUGAUGAAAAAAAUCGCCAGCGAAGAAGAUCGUAGCGAGAAUGAGUCAUCGUCAAGUAGUUUAGAGGGUGAGAGUGAGGAGAAGUGGAACCCGGGAUCAGUUAAAAGUAAAACCUACGAUCUCGGUAGCAAGAUAAAAGUAAUUGAAGAGGGAUCAGCAGAAGACGCUUUGCCGCAGGAUAAAAAGAAGCCGACGAACAACGACGCUUCCAAGGAGUUCACUCCGGGACAUAAAUCCGGAAAUGCCUCGGAGACGAGGUGGAACUUGAGGACGUCCAACAUCGCCGGAGGCGGAACGGCCGCUGCGGCCGUUGCGAUGAUCGCUGUGGGGGCGGUAAUGCUGGUCCUGGGACCGGCCGUCAUCCUUCUAAGGACUCUCGACGACCGCAGGCAGGAGCGAAGGUUCCUCAAGCUUUCGGCGCAGGACGAUUUGCCCCCGAGCUACGAGCAGGCCACCCUUAUGGACGAAGCGCCAAGGUACUCGACCCUGAGCCUCAACACCAUCAGUGGCUCUCCAAGCGCAGGAGGAACGUCUGCAGGCGCACCGGAAGUCUGCGAGGUGUGAGCAGGCAGGUUGAUGGCCUUCUGAAAAACGGUGAGAAAAGUAA